GGCUGCUGUUUGAAGAAACAUGUCCCCUCACCAUAUGGUACUGGAUGCAACCAAGUUCUCAGCCUCCCAUCACCGCAAAUUACCUGAAAGAGGUCCUUAAUAUUCUUGACUGGAAGCCAACUGAAUGGCAACGAAGAUGCGAUAUAUGCGACAGUUUUCUAACGAUGAUUAUGAUGGUCUCGCCCUUACCCUACAUGAGAAUAACGCCAGGAAUGAGCGUAAAUAAAAAAGGGAAUUCAUUGCUACUUGGUGGUAUCAGGGCUACAUACAAAUGCCGACGGCUUAAUUUUGGAGAGACUUGCUGCUAGCACGGCUAAUUGAGCUGGCUCCGAUUCUUGCUCUUUUAGUAUGCUUGGUCGAAGCCGGAGGAUCAUCAGCGCUGUCAUUUGUGUGUGCGAAGCUCCACUGUGCAGCAUUGUGGAACUCAGCUUCAUCAAACAUGGCUGAUGUAUCAGAAUCCUCCAGGAUGAUAGUGGGCUCAGAGGUUGCCUCAUGUUCGGAUGUAGAGAGGAGUUCCAAGCAUGCUUGCGUGUGUCUAUCAUUUGCAGAUUUGAUAAACUCAUCCCUUCAUUCCUUUGCCCAAUCCCGCGCAUUUCUAUACGCGCAUGCCCCG